UGGCCGCGACCACCCAGUCUUCUUAAAUCUUUUUUAAUAUGAGAAUUUGUAUUCGAUCAGUCGAACGAGAGAUUCAUCGCGCUCGUUUAUUGAUCAGUGUGUCAUUGGUGGGGUUUUUUUUUAUCUUUAUUUUGAGUGAAAACGCGAUAACUGUUUAUCUACAAUGGCGGUCGAGAUACCUUGCUUCAUUAGGUUCCCCGCUGUAUUGUUUUUGCCCGAAGACUGCGCUCUGACAUCAUCAGGACACGUGAAAAAAAAUCAUGCAAAUCUCACGGUCUCUUAUAUGCUAAAGAUACAUCGCGGGUUUUGGUUCAACAAAUGUUUCUACUGGAUGGUAUUUUUAUUAUUAUCUUUUCCUCACGUUUCUUUUAGGUAAUAUUUGUUCAGACAACACAAAAGUUGCUGCACUAGUCUUUUCGCCAAUCAAAGAGAGCAAAUUAAUUUAACUGUGAAGAUAGCCAAAAAAAAAAUAAUUUUGGAAGAAAAAAAUAUGGAUCAGUUCUCGAUUUUUCAGCUUUUGAACUUGUUAUGUGUUUUCCCAUUGAUUUCCAUGAUGAUCAAAGAAAUCGUGGAGCGCGAGCAAAAGUACGUUUUGACGCAACCCCACGAAACGGCAACCUCCGAGGUCUGUGUUUUAAAAGAAGUCUUCGUUAGAAACGGAAGUUCUGCCAAAAUUCAAUGCGGAGCAGAGUGCAAUAAAGUAUUUGUUGGCCGAUGUAAAUUUGUCGAUGUUAUAAAAGGGGAUCGACCUAUGUGUCGGUUGAUAAGUGGUUUUAAAACUCCCGAAAACGUUUCUCCUGGACAUCCAAGUGGCCAAUUUGUUCGUUUUAAAAAGGUCGACGCAUACUACAAUUCGUUCGCGAUCGGACGAGACAGCUUGUGUACUGUUUCCUUGGCAACAGGGCGGACGAUCCCAUCACUCUGCCAUUACGGCGAGCAUAAUUGGACGAUUAUACAAAGACGAUUAGAUGGCUCUGUCAAUUUUCGAAGGAACUGGAGAGAAUAUGAGGACGGGUUCGGAACUUUUGACUCGGAAUAUUGGAUAGGCAACAAAAACCUACACUACCUAACCAGUGAUGGACUGACCUAUCUAAGAGUAGAAAUGAUGAUGCAGACAUGUGAGUGGAGAUACGCAGACUAUGGCCAGUUCAUCGUUAAAAGUGCGACGGAUAAAUACAGGUUGUUUGUUGCGAAUUACUCCGGAAACGCAGGAGACAGUUUCUACUAUCAUAACAACGCACAGUUCAGUACCUACGAUUAUGACCACGAUACCUCGUACUCCAACUGUGCCGAUAGAUGCAAGGGGGGAUGGUGGUAUACUAAGUGUCACUUGGUAAACCUCAACGGAGAGUACGCAAACACCAACUUUCUCGAGGGCAUAAACUGGCAUGCCAUGACGGGAUUCACAUACUCAUUGAAGGAAGUAAGGAUGAUGUUGAGGCGGCCCUGAUGAGUACCCCCGUUACAACUGAUAUAAUCCCAUUACAAGUGAUGUGAUCCCAUUACACGUACAUGUAGUGUUCCCAAUUUUAAGUGGUAUGAUCCCAUUUCAAGUGGUUUGGUCCCAUUACAUGUGGUGUAAACACGUUACACGUGGUGUGAUUCCAUUAUACACGUGGUGUGAUCCUAUUACACUUGAUGUGAUCUCAUUAAACGUUUAAAGUGUAUUUCAACUGGUAUCGUCCUAUUACACGUGGUUUGAUCCCAUUACACGUGGUGUGAUCCCAUUACACUUGAUGUGAUCUCAUUACAAGUGAUGUGAUCCCACUACACGUGGUGUGAUCCCAUUACAUAAGGUUUGAUUCUAUUACACGUGGUGUGAUCCCAUUGCAAGUGGUGUGAUCCCAUAAUUUAAAAACGUGGUUAGAUAUCACCGAUUUCAAUAUUAUAUUUUUAUGAAUAUAACGAUUGAACGAACAAAUUUAGAUUAUGGCGUCAUUUACUUUUUUCAAAGGGAUUUUAGCUCAUAUUGGGAGUUGAUUUUUAAUCAACUCUCCUAUGCAGUCACUCGGACAAACCGAAAGUGAAACAGUGUUUGAACCUCAGCACAAAUCAUUGCUCCUGACAAGACUUAGUUCUUGAAAAUAAUUGAUGAAUUCGAUGUGAUGUAUGCUAAAGCAUUGUUUUUCAAGGAAACUUAUUUACAAAUACCUUAAAAAUAGUCAGAUUUUAAAUGGUACGAACAAUUUAAAUAUUUUUUGUAGUCGUAUGUAUUUCUACGCCAGAGUUCAAUAUAGUCUCGUUCAACUCGACGCUCGGCUGUCUCCGUAAACCCUUGUCGGAGAUUUACGGUGUCAGCCGAGCGUUUGGUUGAACGAGACUAUAGUUCAAUAUUGCUUGGAUCCAUACAAUUUUCGAGAAAUUUUUCUACCACUAAUACAAACUUUGAUUGAAUUAAUCUUAUAUUUAAAUAUUAUUUAACAUGAUUCAUAUGGAGAUUUCUCGACAUUCUAGUCGAAAAAGUUCAAAAAUUCAUAUUAUAAAAAUAUGCGUAAUUCAAAUUAAAAACUACGUAUUAAUACGUGUGCUUGUCAUGCAAAAAAACAUAUCAUUAAUUUUAAAAUAAAUUAACAUCGACAAAAUCAACUCCCGUCAGUUCUUCAGUACUUUGAUAUUGGUAUUGAAAUCACCAUGAUUUUUUUUUUUUUUUUUUUUUUUUACAAAAUUGUCCUAGCUGUAGACAAGUUAUUUGAAAAUUUAGUUAAAUGAUCCACGUUAAGUUAUUCUAAUUUUGUGUACUUUUCAGAUAGGAUUGAAUUUUCUUCUAUUUCAAAAGCAAUAUUAUGUACAUGUACAUGUACAUGUAUUAUGAGCUUUCAGAGAUAUGUUAACGUUGCAUCUCAGUUAAUUCUUGAAAUAGUUUUAGUUGCAUAUACAUAGACAUAAAAUUUCAGUUUAUGAAUUGAAUAAAUAUUGUAUUGUCACUUCAGACGAAAAAAAGGCUUUAGUAAAUGGUAUAACAAAUAUUGUGAUUAAAAGAAGAAAAACUGUAGCCAUUUUUAUUGUGAUCUGUAAAUUGUACAGUCCAAGUGUUUGUAAAUGAAUUAUACAUAUAAAAUAUAUUUAAAUAAAAGGAUG